CUCCCUAUAUCCUCGAGGCACCGGAGCCUGGCCUCGUCACCGACAGCUGAUCGCAAAGACAGCAUCGCCGCAGUUCACCGGACCUCCGCGAUGGCGUCUGAAGAGCUCGCGCGGAAACUGCAGCGCAGGCUGGACGCCACGGAGCGGUCCGAGAGCCCAGCGGAGAGCCCGGCGAUGAGCCCAGCAAUGAGUCCGUGGAUGAGUCCGGCGAGCAGCCCUGCAAGGUGCGUCACUGAGCCGCGGCGCGAGGGCGAGAGCAAGGACGCGGCCGCGGCUAACGGGGAGUCGUGCUCGAACGAGCUCGCGGAGAAACUGAACCGCAGGUUGGAGAUCGACGGAGGCGGUGCGAGGCCCAGACAGAUGAUGAAGGUGUUCAACCCGUACACUGAGUUCAAGGAGUUCACGCGCAAACAGAUCAAACAGAUGGAGGAGAUGUUCAAGAGAUUCGACUCGGGGAAGGACGGCUACAUUGAUCUGAUGGAGCUGAAGAUGAUGAUGGAGAAGCUUGGUGCUCCUCAGACUCACAUCGGCCUGAAGAACAUGAUCCGUGAAGUGGACGAAGACUAUGAUGGCAAGCUCAGCUAUCGAGAGUUCCUCCUGAUCUUUAGGAGAGCUGCAGCAGGGGAGUUGCAGGAUGACGACCCACUUAUGGCACUGGCUCGUCUAUCAGAGAUCAAUGUGUCCAAUGAAGGUGUGAAGGGGGCACGUGACUUCUUUGAGGCCAAGGCUCAGGUGCUGUCAGUACGUAGUAAGUUUGAGGCAGAGCUCCGGGAGGAGAAGGAAGAGAAGCAGAGGAUGGAGGAGGAGAGGAAACAACGACGGGCCGCUUUCAAAGAGUUGCAAUCUGCAUUCUGCUCCUGAACACACACACACACACACACACACACAGUGUACCUCCUACUGAUGAAUACAGAAGCACAGCUGUAAAGCCUCACUGUAACAGUAGCUAAAGUAGCUCACACACACACACACACACACACACACACUCACUCACUCACAGCUUUAACCGUGUGAGCUUCCUAUUUUACUCUGACUAGCUCUAUUUUUUGAAAUGAUGUUUAGUAAAUAACACUAUUAAUGAAUAAUAAAUAUAUAAAUAUAAAUAUAGAAACAAGGGUGUAAAGUAUGAAUAUUUAAAUGAGCUGCAUGAUGAACAACUUCAUGACAUCAGGUUUAGAAAUGAAGGGAAAUAUGUGGUCACUAUAAUUUUUUUCCCAGAAAGUUGUUUUUAGAGUUUUUUUUUUUAAAUCAUGACCAUCUUUCUUAUUGUAAUUUAAUUUUUUAAAUCUUAAUUUUAAUGUGUUUUUUUUACAUUAGAAUAUGUGUUGAAUUCCAUUAAUAAUAAAAUCCAUUAUUGAACACUU